CUCUUCUGCUGCCAUAUAAGUAGCACUAAACAAAGUUGCGGCGGAAGUUCAAACAAAUUUUCCGACCAAAUUUGAACCCGAACUUGUCUUCUGAAAAUUGUACAGAUAUGGAUAGAGAUUAUCUGGGAGGAGUGAUUCUGGGAUUGUUUAUGUCGGGAAGAAUUGACUUUUUGAGGAAAAGACUGCUAAGUAAAAAGGAGGAGAAAGCUUCAACAAACGUACGUGUAAACUCUAAUUUGAUGUUGUUUUAUGAAAACAAAUUUGUAAGAUUAGAAAAGAAUCAUAUAGUAAUCAAGUGAAUAUGAUGAACUAACCGUGGCACUAGUAACGGAGCCAGGAUUUUCACCAAGGGAAUUCAAUACACGAAGAAAUCAAAUGGUGUACUACAUAAAAAAAAGUUUUAACUAGUGUAAUUUUUCAUGGUAGGGGAGGGGGUCACAUAAUAAACCCCUCGGCCCUACCUCGUUCCGCCCCUGCUGGCGUUUCUCUUGCUUUGUACCCUUUCCUUUUGGAGUAAUGAAUUAGAUAUUCAUCUUCUUAUUUAGAGCUAAAUCUGUAGAUAAAAAAACAAAGAUUUAAAUCCAAAUGUGGCUGAAAAUUAGAGGAGUAAGAAGAGGGAGGUUUUAAUUCAGGAAUCAAAAGCAUGUUAUUUAUGCACAAUUAUACCUUUUUCUAGAUAACUUGGGUUCAAUAGCAAAUACUUAUGCUAGUACUAUUUUUAAAUCUGGAUUUCUUUUUUGAUUUAUAUAAAAAUUCUUCUGAAGUAUUUUUGCUUGCAAGUGUAACGGAAUUAGGUUAAUGAGCCAAAGGUGGAUUGUGCGAGUCAGCUACCAGAUGACAUUUUGUCUUCCAUUCUCGCACGUAUGACAAUAAAAAAUGCAUGCUGUUAAGACGAGCAUUUUGUGUAGAAGGUGGAGAUAUCUGUUUUCCUCUAUGCCUACAUUACGAUUCAGCCAUGACAUGAUUGGUUUCAACUAUUUAGAUCAUAUAUGUCCCCCUUACUAUCAGCAAAAAUUCUUGAAAUUAGUAAAUCAGUUUUUGCAACUUUAUUUGAGUCGUAAAGUGGUUGAACUUGAAAUGCGCAUUUUCAUUGGGAGAAAGUUUUCUAGUGAAUUCUGCCAAUUGAUGCAUUCUAUUUCAAAAUUAGGUGUUGAAAGAUUACAUCUCAACUUUAGCUGUGAAAGAAUUCCCACCUCACAUAACAUUAACCCCAACCGCAACACGUUUUUUAAAUUUUCCCUUGAGCUUCUCUCUUAAGCCUCCUCCUUGAAAUCCUUGUUUUUGAGUGUUUGCGUUGUACAACCAAGUGUCACACUCCGUCUCAACUCCCUCAAGAACCUUUUCUUGACGAGCUUUCUGUUAGAAAGCGGACAACUUGAGGGUAUUUUGUCCUCGUGUUUGAACCUUAAUCAGUUAAUCAUAAAGUAUUGCAAACUUCUGGAUAAGCUAUGCAUAUCUGGUACAGUAAAAUCUGUUCUUUUUGCUGAUUGUGGCGGAUUGGAAGAGAUUGAUCUUCAGGCUACAAAUCUUCGUGGGUUUGAGUGUCUUUUUGGUAACAAAGUAAGAUUUUACUUUUCUUCUAUUCCCGUGUUGGAACAUAUAAAAAUUAAUCUUCGCGGGGAUGCUUCAAUGCCAUACAUAUUUGGUGAAUUUGCAAUGGAUUUACCUGCCCAGGUUAAAUCUUUAAUAGUCACAACAUUUUAUACUCGGGUAUUUGAUGAUUUCUUGGCUUGUCAAAUUCCUUUGGUAUUUAUCUUUUUGAACCCCCUAAUCACUUGAAGUAUUCCUUACUUCAGGCAACACACUUCCCAACCGAGAUGCAGAUAUUCGGAAAUCUUAGGAUGUUAGCCUUGCUAUUUGAAAGCACAUUCGACUUUGAAAUAGUCAAAGUUUUCCCCGUCUUAGAUGUCUGUCCUGUUCUUCAGUAUCUGGAUAUAUUGCAACACAAGACAUAUGGACAAAAGGCAAGAGGAAGUCACACAGGGUCUCCUUUAUCUCCUACAAAUCACACUGAGCUAAAAGAAGUGAGAUUCGGUGGAUUUCAUGGAACAAAAGAAGAGAUUGAACUUGCUACUUAUAUUCUGAGAAGUGCAACGGUACUCGACCAGAUGUUUCUCAGCCAAUACUCAAUCGGCCCAUAUUUUAAGGCUUAUUAUGGUCAUGAUAUAUGGGAGAAAAGAGAACGUGAACGCAUUUCACUCCAACGACAACUUCUUGGGCAAGCUAUCUCUAGUAGUACUGUGGUGAUCAUCCAGCAGGUUCCUGUACAAACACUAUAUCAGCUCUCUAUUGUCAUUAAUAGUUGUAGAGGUAAUGGAAGAAAUGCCUUUUUGGUUGCAAUUGCUAGUUUUUUCGAGAUUUGAUUUGUUAUUAUUUUAGCUUAAAGGGACCAGUUGUGGUAAGUUAAAUCUUGUUUAGGGGUUUGUUCCUACUCCCGUAGUUAUCCUUCAAAUCUGUCAUAGUUUCUUGGACGAAUGGGAAAGUUAGAAAAUGUUAAUGACAACUUAUUCAGUGUCUUAUAUUGUUUCAUACUAUAGUCGAAGUUGGUCUAUUUUUUAAAAUAAUUUCUUUCACCACGUAUGCACUUUUUAUUUGAAAUAGAAUUAAACGUCUUCAUUCCUAGAUCUCUAUAAGAUCAAAAAGGCAUUUCAGAUAUGCAAAAGGUAUACUUUUUUCUUCAUUUAGCUAUGUUUAAUGAAUAUUAUGUGUAGUUAUGAAUAUGUAAUUUGUUUGUGUUUAGAUUUAUGAUCUGAUUUUCAGGGUGUUAGAGCUACACUGGUGGAGCUUUUACCAGAGAUGGAGCAUAGAAUGUAUGCAAGACAUAUCCUUACCAAUUGAGGAACAAAUGGAUAGGUCUUCAAAGAAGGAACCAAUUCUGGGCAUGUGCAAGAAGCACCUUUGAAGCUGAAAUGAAGAAAAAUCUUAACCAAAUGGCCAUGCUAGGGGUAAAGAUAUUGUGCCAGAUUUACUUCAUUACAAGAAAUAAACUUGGUGUAAAUGUACUUUAGAACUAACAUCAAGUGUGAUAGCAUAGAUAAUAACAUAGAUGAGAGCUUUAAUUCUUGGAUUUUAGGACCAAGACAUAAAACAAAUAUUACUAUGCUAGAAGAGAUAAUGGUAAAAGAAGGAAGGCAAAAUGACCUUCUGGACCCCUGUACUAUGUCGAUUUUGUAAGUUGGACACUUUUACUUGUAUGUUUGUCA